AUGAAUAAUAAACCACCAACGUUCUCCGAGAGAAAGAAAACAUUAAAUGCAACUUCCCUUUCGAAACCAGUCCGAAGACGAACUGCAUUUGCAGGGAAGGCUGUAUACGACUACGACAACAACCCAUUCCUAACCAAAUCACAUAUUACAAAAAUGGAGGCCGAGGCUUCUAAACAGCCUACUUUGCCAGCAAAAAACAAUAACGUUGACGACAACACGCUAGGCAAGACAAACAGAAAUGCAUCGUCUGAUCCUUCGGUGUCGACGACUUCACUUUCGACGCAAAAUCAACAACAACAAUCAACAGGAAUCUCCAAUAAAAAAAAUUUAAAUGAAAACACAUUAAGAUCUUCAAAAUCGAAGGAAGUUACAAGUAUAUCCGCGAGAAAUUCAGUCUCUGGUGUUGCUGCUGUUACUCAACGUGGUCUUUUUAAUUCGCGUUCGACUUUGUCUUCUGUUGAUGUAACGAAAACAUCAUUGGCAAAGAAACGGGAGGAUACUUCAAGAUCUCUUAAUGCUACGAAGAAAACGGUAGAAGCUGACACAAAAAAAAAAUCAUCAAGUCACUCCUCUCAGUCUUCUGCGCCAACUAAUAAUAUUAAGACCUUGGAUUUGACAGGACGCAAAAAUAAUACCACAAAUGUGAUGAACUUGGACGAUGAGGUUGCUAUGUUAAACAUACGCUUGACACAAUGGCUUUUUAUCAAUUCCAAGGCUGCACAGUCGUUUGAGUGUCAGCAGCAGAUUGCUCAGUUAUUAGAAGCAUGGGAACUACUUUUACAAAAACAAAAAGAAUUUGAUGAUGCAAAACGAAGAUUUGAAUUGAAGAAAGAGAUAAUAUUGCUCCAAGAGACUUUGAGUGUGCAGAGAGAUCAAUUACUGCAGGUGAUUCAAGAUUUGGAAAACUUCAAAAUGCGUUAUAUUCCUUUCACAUCCUCGUUAAAAAACACGACAACAGCCAUGCCUAUUUCUAAUGUAGAAAUAGGGAAUUUGGAUGUAUUGUCAUCGCAAGUCAAUGAAUGUUGUGAAGCAAUAUCAAAAAUCAUGGAGAACGCGGCUCUAGAAUCAACGAUGAUUCAUGAAAUCGCGCAAUUAAUGCACCAUCUCUGCAUCAACAUGAAAGAAGAAAUUCAAGAACUAGGAAUCUGUAACUCUCUUAUUCUCGAAAUUUCUAAAGCAGAGACAUUGGAGAGAAGUAUGCGGAUUCAGAAAAUCGAGGCGGCUUCAAAUAAUGGGUUUUAA